GGUACCCAAGUUAAGUAUCAUGUUGGAUCUCUGUGUCACCAUCAAAGGGGUGUCCUUCCUGUUGCAAACAGGGUUAGGGUUCCUGGGGAACACCCUGGUGCUGCUGGCCUACACCCAGGUCGUCUACUCUGAGUACCGACUCCAGCCUGUGGACAUAAUUCUCUGCCACCUAGCCUUCGUUGACCUGCUGCUGCUCCUCACCCGCUGCGUCCCCCAGACUAUGACUGUGUUUGGCCUGCGUGACCUGCUGAAUGACCCGGGCUGCAAGGUGGUCAUCUACACCUACCGCAUCGCCCGGGCUCUGUCAGUGUGCAUCACCUGUAUGCUCAGUGUGUUCCAGGCAGUGACCAUCGCCCCUGCAGGUGGACCCUGUUUGUCCAGGCUUAAGGCCCGGCUUCCCAGGCUCAUCGUGCCCACCAUUGCAGGGCUGUGGCUCUUCAACAUGGCUGUAUGCUUCGCAGCUCCACUUUUCUCUAUUGCCCCUCGCAACGGCACGGUGCCUGCCUUCACCCUCAACCUGGGCUUCUGCCAUGUGGACUUUAGGGACAGGCUGUCCUACAAGAUCAAUGGAGUGGUUGUCUCUACACGGGACUUUGUCUUUGUGGGGCUCAUGUUGUGGUCCAGUGGCUACAUCCUUCUCCUCCUCCACCGUCACAGCCGCCAGGUGAGAAGCAUCCGACGAUCAUCCCAGGGUGGAGGAGCUGAGACUAGGGCUGCCAAGACAGUGAUCACCCUGGUGGUGUUGUAUGUUGUAUUCUUCGGCAUAGACAAUAUCAUCUGGAUUUACAUGCUGACGAUAGAUAAGGUGUCUCCAGUGGUAGCUGACAUGAAGAUCUUCUUCUCCUCCUGUUAUGCCUGUCUCAGCCCCUUUUUCAUCAUCAGCUCCAAUAAGAAGGUCAAGAGUAAGUUGGUGUGCGUGGCAGCUGACCAAGAGCAGCCAUCAGUCGACACCCAGGACUCCAAUGACAAGAUGUAAAAUACUCCCAAAAUUCUGGGCAGAUUUAUUUUCUUUUUCUGGGGCUAUUAAUACCUCAUGGAGGGUUUUGCUGUGAUUAAUUUGUGUGAUUAUGCCUAUGUAGCCUACUUCUUAUAGGCAUUUUAUUUAUUUGUGUAAAUUAUUGACAGUUUUCAGGAUUUUAGAUUGAACUA